AUGGACGCAUCAUCUCCGCUGGCUGCGAUGCACCCGGCACCUCCUCCGUCAUGGGGCCGCCCGUCGCAUGCCCAUUUCACCAGCAACCCAUUCGCAGGGCCCAUGAGCAUCCGGGAACAGCUGCAGCGGUCGAAGCCUGACUACUUUAACCUUAAGUCGGUUCGUGGUUCGUCUCCGACUGCAAGUCUCGCUGCAGACCUCUCGCAGAACUUCCGUAUAGAUAAUGACGCAAGCCCCCCUUUCCCCACGCCGCGGCGAGCGCUGUUCACUUCCAACAUGAUGGGAAACUUCGAGGACCGAGAGUACAUCACGACGCCGCCUCUGCCUGCGACGUCGUCUCCAGUUCCCAUGCACGAUGCCAUGGAUAUCUCUCCGUUGCCUCAGAAGGAUGCCUUUGGCACCACAAUCGAGAUCACAUCACCCACCCCCAUAUCUUCCCCUGAAGACGAGAUGAUGAUGGAAUCUCCCAUCCCCAACUCCAUGCCGCGCCACUUCUCACUAACUCUUGAGCCGUCAAAGCCUUUGAUUGACAGCCGCAGAAGAACGGCACUGCGACGUCCGUCUCUGACUCGCGCCAAGGGUCACUCGACAAGUGCCCUGCACACUCGCUUGCACCCUGAGAGUCAGAUCUCAUCUUUCCGGUUCGGGUCUGAGUGUCGCUUUGGUGGUGCAUCUGCAUCAAUGGCCCCCAGCGAGUUAUUCCAGGACUCCCCGCCACAAAGACCACAGACUGCCAAUAGCCCCUCGGAGCAAGGCUCUGUUCGCCCGAAGCCUCAGUUCGCGAGUCUGACAGGAACCCGGGAUAUUCGGAAUGGUUCGCCAGUUGCGUUGUACUCACGCCGUCCUUCAAACCCUUUCAUCCGACCGCGUCGGCAAUACCGCCGGUCCUUGAGCAUGUUCGAGAGCCCUGCUGAUAUCAUGAAGGCGAAAGCUACCGAGGCUUGCACACAGCACUCCCUGCAACCCGUUACGGACGUGGAAGAGGCCAAGGGCCCUGUUCUGCCCCAUUUCUUCCCUGAAGGUCAAAGUGACAGCAUUCCAAGAGUCUCUAGAGCUACAUUCCUUGACAUCAUUGAUGGCAAGUACAAUGAGCACUACACGCAGAAGAUUGUGAUCGAUUGCCGUUUCGAAUACGAAUAUGAGGGCGGACAUAUCGACGGUGCCAUCAACUACAACGACAAGGAGCUUCUGACAAGACACCUCUUUGAUACGCCAAUGGAUGGCAACACCCUCUUGAUCUUCCACUGCGAGUACUCUGCUCACCGUGCACCGAUGAUGGCUCGUCAUGUCCGAUCUGAAGACCGCACUGCCAAUGCGGAGUUCUACCCGAGACUGACGUACCCAGAAGUGUACAUCCUGGAAGGCGGCUACAGUGAAUUCUUCGACCAGCACCGCGAUCGCUGCUAUCCCCAAGCCUAUGUGGAGAUGGGUGCCGAAGAACAUGCGUUCACGUGUGAGCGUGAGCUGGGCAAACUCCAACAAAAGCGAAAGGGCUUGGGUCGAGCCAAGACCUUUGCUUUCGGCCACCGAGAGUCAAUGGUCGACGCAUCUCCCACGGCUCCUGGUAGGCUCAUGGGCCACCAGUCUCCUGAUAUGAUGAUUGGCAAUUCGCCGAUUCUCGGAAACAACCGGUCUCCUGCGCGGCGUUUGGCGUCAUACUAA